AUGAUGGAGCUAAUGACUGCUAUCCCUUUCAAUACAUCAGACGCCACUGGAAGAAAUGUCUCUUUGUAUGACGACGAAGAUGAGUAUGACUAUAAGGACGAGCACGCUGAGCUGAGACAGUCUCUCAACAUAAUGUCUCUCAUUGUUUACUGCCUGGCCUUUGUUCUUGGUGUGCUCGGGAAUGGAGUGGUUAUCUGGGUGACCGGCUUCAAGAUGAAGAAAACAGUUAACACAAUUUGGUUCCUCAACCUCGCUGUGGCCGACUUCCUCUUCACAGCAUUCCUGCCCCUGAGUGUGACCUACACAGCGUUGGAUUUCCACUGGCCAUUUGGCAAGUUCAUGUGCAAACUAAACAGCACAAUAAGCUUUCUGAACAUGUUUGCCAGUGUCUACAUUCUGGUGGUGAUCAGUGUGGACAGAUGUGUGUCUGUGGUGUGGCCCGUCUGGGCCCAGAACCACCGAAGUGUACGCAAGGCAUCCUGUGUGAGUCUGGGUGUUUGGGUACUGGCUCUGAUUCUCAGCACUCCAUACUUCAUCUUCAGGGACACUGGGCCAUCAUAUAACAAUGGCGACAUCAUCAAUUGCUUCAACAACUUCGCUUUUUCUGAUGACUAUGAAACCCCAUCUGUGAAUCAGCUGCGACAGUUUCGUCAUCAGGCCAUGACCAUCACCCGUUUCCUCCUGGGAUUUGUUGUCCCCUUCACUGUCAUUGUCUCCUGUUAUGCUGUGAUAAUCCAUCGUCUCAGAAGAAACCGCACCCUGGCCAGCCACUCAAGUCGGCCCUUUAAGAUCAUAGCUGCAGUUAUCACCACUUUCUUCCUGUGCUGGGCUCCUUAUCACAUAAUGGCUUUAAUUGAGUUGGUGAAUCAUAUGGCUCAUCAUGCAAGUGAAACAUUAGACCAUGUCACGACUAUUGGAGUCCCUAUAGCAACCAGCCUGGCCUUUCUCAACAGUUGCCUGAACCCAUUGCUGUAUGUGUUCAUGGGACAAGAUUUCAAGGAUAAAGUCCGCAAAUCCAUCCUGAAUGUUUUGGAGACUGCCUUCCAGGAAGAGGUUUCUCGCUCUUAUACCUACACAAACUCAAUGGUCACCAGUCGGAGCAAAGAAAAGUCUGUUUCUGAUGCUGAGGUAUAAGGUACUCUUAUUUCCAAAAACAAAUACUGUCACUGUAAAUAGCAAAUGUAACUGUAUAUAACAAAUAACUUCGCUUCUGUUGUUGUUUUUUAUCCAAGGACUCAAAGGUGAUCUAUAUUCAUUAUCUGAAAUUGAAACAUUCCACCUAUUACCGUUUGAUUAAUGGGAGAUGUAUGAUUGGCAACUUCACCGACAGUAUUUACAAUCUGGUAGACAAACGGUAAUGUUAUACAGUAACUUCUAGAUCCAUGUUUGAUGCAUUUGUGGGAUUAAGCCUUUUUUAAUUCAUGGAAAAGUGACAUUUUUUUUAAGGCUUGUUGAUGUAGAGCUUUAAAAGGGUGCCAAAGAAAAAACUUUAUGUUUUUCAUCUAUCGCAUUAACUCCAGAUGUUGAUUGCUCCAUUAUGCCCUGCCUGUAUGGGACGGCAAAGAAAACCAGCAAUAAAACAAGUCCUAGUUGUUAAUAGGCCAAUAUUGUAGACUAUAUUAAUAAUCUAAAAGUCUGGCAAGUCACCUCAAUAAUAAUAAGGCUAGUUUGACAAAGAACACAAUGCAUUUCUUGCCAUAGAAUAUAGAAGGUUGUAAACUAAUGCAUUGAACAGUAAUAAUAAAGAUUCUACAGUGUGAAUUAGCGAUGAGGAACCACUGCAUAAACAGGCUUAUUGCAAAUCACUUUACCAACUUGCCCCUCACCACUGAUCCCAUUAUGUGUGUACAUGACCACAAAUACCAUCUUUGGUACAUAUUACACUACCAAGUUACACUAGCUUUUGAUUAACUAAUUUACUCUUGUAAUUUUGCCUGUAAUGUCUAUUUUACCUGCCAUAUGGCAACAUGAACUGAUUCAACUGACUUUUGACUGCUAAAUGUCUACUGCAUGCUUUGAUAAACAUGUUUUUUUUUACCAAUGUUAUUCAGCACUAGGACAGGCUAAUGUAAGCCUAAUGAAUACCUUUUAUUGUGACCAUGAUAGUAUCAUGUUUUAAGCUGUAUUGUAUACUUGGGCUUUGUUUAAUCUUUUGACCAUUGUUAGUUACUUUUUGGGUAAGAUAUGUGUGAUAUGUGAGUACAUGCACAUUGUGCCAUAAUCCAAGAAUUUCAAUGUAACAUUUUCACCAGUUAUUUCGCAGCUAUUUUCAUUUUUGUUUUUUCUGCAAGUUUUGUACUUAUUUUCUCUACCACAUGUCAAAGGUGACAUCCAUAAGUGUCUUGUUUUGUCCAACCAACAGCAAAUAAAAACAAUGUUUAUAAAUUAAAAUAUUCAGUUUACUAUCAAAAAAGAUGAA